AUGGUAACCUACCUCACCACCGGCCUCCCCUCCCUCCUCCCCGCGCGCCUCCUCCGCCCCGACCCCCCCAGCAUCCGCCCCCCGCGCGCCACCACGGGCACACGCACACCCACCGCCCCCACCGCCGCCGCCGAACUCAUCCUUCAGCCCGUCGAGAUUUCCAUCCCGCGGCCGCCGCCGCCGCCGCCCCCGUCGGAGCGCACGGGGUGGUGGGGGUGCGUGCUGCGCUGGCUGAGGCUGUAUAGGAGGGGGGGACGUAUAGUGGAGACGAGGCGCUGCGGUGGUGGAGGGGGGUGGCGGAGAGGGAGGCGGAGGAGAGGGGACCGAUUAGAUUGGAGUGUUGGAGGUUUUUGCAGGGGGGGACGUUGGGGGAGAGUAGAGGAGGAAGGGGGGGAAGAGGAAGGGGGAGAAGAGGAAGUUAUGUUUCGUUUUGUGUACGUUGGAUGA